UGGAUCACUUAAUCCCUACUCUUCCACCGCCGUCAAGUCUACGUAUCUGAAAUAAAUAACUGGCCAACUAAUUCCAUGGCCGGUACUAGUACGGUAACUGAAUGACCGGCUUCUUACCGGGAUUCUAUUCUCUUGAAAUACCUAAUUUUGUGAUUCUAUCUUAUCUUUACCGUUUUUUAUCGCCUUUUUCAAUAUUCGCAUUGAAAUCUACCUUUUUACCUACCGGAGUCUCCGUCGGUUUAUCCGGUGUGAUUAUGGGAGUUCUUCGAAAACAACUCGACAAGUGCAUGCGGCGUGCUUUGCAAAGCACAGAUAGGCUGGAUAGGAUUGUUCCUGUUCGUCUGCAAUCUGACUGCGGAAAAAUAACUUUCUAGUGUUAUGUUUUGUUAUUGAGAAGUAAAAUUGUUAUGUGUUUCACCUUCCUUUAUCUGUGUUGAAUGACAUGUCUUCAAGGAAACGAAAACACAAAGAAAAAGACCAUUCUACAUCGAGCACUGACAGCAGCAGUGAAGAUGAGAAAAGGAAAGAGAAAAAACGAAGAAAGAAGGAGAAAAAACGUUUGAAAAAGGAGAAACGCAAGAAAAUGAGAAAGGAAAAUAAAAAAUCAAAAACCUCUGCAGAUUCUGAUGUGAGCUCUUCUGGUUUAAAAGAGGCUGUUUCUCAACAAGGCAAAGACAGAGGUAGAAUGUGCCCUAUGACGAAAGAAGAAUGGGAAAAACAACAAAGUGUUGUCCGCAGAGUUUACGACGAAGAGACUGGACGAUCUCGAUUAAUAAAAGGAGAUGGUGAAGUUCUCGAAGAAAUUGUAUCGAAAAGUCGACAUCAAGAAAUAAAUCGAAAAGCAACAAUGGGUGAUGGAAUGUCAUUUCAAUCCAAACUGGGGCUUCUCAAAAAAUAAAAAGAAUAAAAAUAUUUUUCGGUAGUGCAAAAGAACCAAGUGAAUAGUCAAGUGUGGAUGAAUUUAGCAUAUAAUAGUUGCUGGUGUUACUGGAUCUUUGGUUGAUAAAAGUAUUUUGUUCAGUGAAAAAUUGUCAAUAUCUAGCUUGUGUUCAGAUUGCAUGUAGAUCAGCGUUUCUCAAACUUUUUUUGCGCUGGAACACUUACAAGUUUUAUCUCGCCUCACCAAGAUAUUACAAAAUAAAAUUUGCGGAUGGUUUCAAAACAAUUUAGCCUAUGGUAAAAUAUUAAACACGCUGACAGGAAGAAGUGCUGAUCUGUGGAAUGCAUUUAAGAAAUGCUGAUGUUGAUUAUUAAAUCUUGCUCUCUUCAUUGCUUUCAUACUUAAAAAUACUUCAAUAAUAAAUAUUCUAAUGUGUUUUCUGUUUCAUAUUUGUUUUCUGGAUAGAACUUCAAAGAAUACAUAGCUAUGAUACAUUUUUACAAUCGUGUUAUUUAUAUAUAACUACAAAUCAAUCAGUUUGGGUUACGCAAGAUAAACUCUUGCUGCACACUAACACAAAUGUAUUUCUGUAAUGUUUCAUGUGAUCACAACUUUGUCUGACGAAGGUUGACCUCGAUCAGACUAAAUUCUUGUAUUAGUGUGCAGCGAGACUCUUGAACCACUCAAAAUAUAUUGUACAUGUUUUAAUAUUGUACUUCAAAUUUCAAUCCCAACACUGUUUGAAUAACCACAUUGGGUUUCUCAUUUGUUUCUGAGCAUUUAAAUAAUUCAUUUUUUUUUUAUUUAGA